GCCAGCUGGGGGAUAGAGCAGUUAAGGCACCAGCCACCCCACACCAGGUCAUUGGCUCCCUCCUGCCUGAAGAUGUUGCACAAAAUCUGGGAAGCCCUGCUCUACUUCGCUGCCAUUCUCCUGAACUCCAUCUACCAGUGCCCUGAGCACAGUCAGCUGACAACUCUAGGAAUGGACGGGAAAGAGUUUCCAGAGCCCCACCUGGGCCAGUGGCACUUUAUCGCAGGGGCAGCUCCCACCAAGGAAGAGUUGGCAACUUUUGAUCCUGUGGACAACAUUGUCUUCAACAUGACUGCUGGCUCGAGCCCGACGCAGCUCCAGCUUCGUGCUACGAUCCGCACGAAAAACGGGCUGUGUGUGCCCCGGAAAUGGACCUACCACCUGACUGAGGGGAGCACCGAUCUCAAAACCGAAGGCCGCCCAGACAUGAAGACUGAGCUCUUCUCCAGUUCCUGCCCAGGUGGAAUCAUGCUGAAGGAGAUGGGUCAGGGGUACCAGCGCUUUCUCCUCUACAAUCGCUCGCCACACCCUCCUGAGAGCUGCGUGGAGGAGUUCCAGUCCCUGACUUACUGCCUGGAGUCCAAGGCCUUCUUACUGACGCCCAGGAAUCAAGAGGCCUGUGAGCUGUCCAGCAACUGACCAGAGGCUUCAUCUGUGCUCCCAGAUGGACACUGGGGGAGCUGCCAUGGUGUGAGGGGGGCGGCGUUAGCUAGAGGCUCCUGAACGCCCUUUCAAUAAUAAAGAUGAUUUCCUGAUUUCUUAA